AUGCCCCGAUCACCGUCCACCCCUCUUCUCGUUGCAUCCCUCUUAACAUGGCUUCCCCUCUGUGUACAAGCCCAUAUGCAACUGAGUUGGCCUUACCCCUUACGAAGUCCCCUUGACCCCGAUGUCCCCUACUACGAAAAAGACUAUUCCAUGACCUCUCCCCUUCUCGCCGACGGCUCGGACUUCUCAUGCAAACACUACCAGAAGGACUACGCCGAUUCUAACGUGACCAAGGCAACCUAUGUGGCAGGCGGUACCUACGACAUGUGGGUGAACGGAACAGCGACCCACGAUGGGGGUUCAUGCCAAUUAUCUCUCUCAUAUGACGAUGGAGUCACCUUCAAAGUCAUCAAGUCGAUCAUUGGCGGAUGCCCCUUACCCCGGACCUACGAUUUCACCAUUCCCGAAUACGCCCCGGCCUCGGACACGGCUCUCUUCUCCUGGACCUGGUUCAACAUCGUCGGCAACAGGGAGAUGUACCAAAAUUGUGCCAGAGUCAAGAUCGUCAGCAAUCCUACUCAGAAGUACAAACGGACCCCUUUCAAGCGAGCAUCUUCCCUGGAUGACCUUCCGGACAUUUUCACCUGUAACAUUGGCAACAACUGUCAGACCAUCGAAGGGGCGGAAAUUGUCUUUCCCAACCCCGGAGACGAUGUUGUCUAUGGCACCGACGCCAUCAACGCAGCCGCAGGACCAGGUUAUACCAUUUCAGGAUCGACUGCGACGGCAACGGCAACUUCCGGUUCGGCUGGGACCACGGCCACGGCCGCUUCUACUGGACAAUCGACUUCCUUGGCUACUACUACGGACUCUGGAAUCGCCUCUGCCACUACUACUACUACUCAACCUCCUUUCCCGCUUUCCAACGCCACAACAACCACCGGAUCGCCCACUGGAACUGGAUUCCCGGACCCGACAGGACCAAUACUAACCGUUACAGGUAGCAUCACUUAUUUCACGACCUCUUCUUCUUCUGUUUCUUCAACAGACAGCGUUCCGACCACUACAGAUUCUACCGGACCGAUACUCACCGUCACAGGAAGCAUUACAACGUUUACCUCAAGCAGCUCGGCAGCAGCAACAUCAUCGACUAACCCCGAUUCUUCUGCCACGGUGUCGACCACGACGGAUAUUUCGUCAACUGUUCCGACAACCUUGAUCACCCUCACCUCUUCUUCUUCUUCUUCGUCUCCCACGACCACGACCACUACUGCCGAAUCAUCUGGCUCUGCGACUGGCUCCGCUACAUCUUCCGCACCUUCCUCCUCGGCUACAGCCAGCUCAUGCUCCCCGGGAUCCUUCGAAUGCAACUCGUCCACCACGUUCUCACAAUGUGUCAGCACCUCGUCCACGGCAACCACGUGGAUCUACAUGGGUUCCGUGGCGGCGGGGAUGCAGUGCUCCAAUGGCCAGAUCAUCCGUGAAAACGCCGGCGCCUGCACCCCCUCCGGCAGUAUCUUUUGUAAUGGCGAGAAUGCUUUCUACAUGUGUGAUCAGGGCGGGUUGGUCGAUAUGGGUCCCGUGGCGGCGGGGACGGCUUGUCGGAAUGGAGAGAUUGUUUUUGCGUGA